AUCAAACUCGCGACAAGCCGCGCACAGCGGUUAGUUGCCUCAAACACUCAGCUAACCGUACAGAUUAAAUAGAUGUAAUUCCGUGCUAAAGUUAAAUAGAUAUAUAUUCCAUUUUAUCCUGUAAUCGAAAAGACAUGGAGUUGAUACUCUUGAACCCGACAAUAGCGCUAAUUCUAGCGCAGGCUGUUGUUGCAAAUAAGCUUGAACGACAGCUAUCGACGCUCAUUUACGACGACCAGUCACCACCUGAGAAUCGUUUCAAACCGCAUGUGUAAAAGUUAUUAAAAUAAACAAAACUGAAGGCGUCCCUGAUAGAAGGUCAUUCAGAGGAAGGUCACCGUGAAGCAAGACACAAAAUCUAAGAUAACACAGACUCAGGGUUUCCCUUCGCAUGUGUAACUAUUCUUAUCAUAAAUAUUAAAGUAUCUAGGUACAUGGUUUCCUUACUCCAACCCACUUUGAUUACUCGGUCAGAGGUUAUAGAUAAGUCAAUUAAAACAGUCACUACACAGCUGCAAAAAAAAUACUAAAAUAAUCAUGUUUUAGCUCUUGGUAAACCCAAAUAUGUUAGCAGUCAAGUGUUUAGUAUUUUUACUUAGUGUAUUUUUGUUACAAAGUGAGUGCAAGUUGCAUAGGAGGUCUAAAAGGGACAAGGACGAUGGGAAGAGCAGUUUGGCAUUUGUUUUCGAUGUGACUGGGUCCAUGUAUAACGACUUGAAGCAACUCCGCGAAGGGGCAGAGAUGAUUUUGAAUACGGCGCUCAAGGAGAGCAAUGUGAUAGCUGAUUUUGUGUUUGUGCCGUUUCAUGACCCUGCCGUUGGCCCAAUAACUGUCACUCGUAGGAAGAACGUCUUCAAAAAUGCGUUGAACAGGGUCCAAGUACAGGGCGGCGGCGACUGCCCCGAGAUGUCUCUGACUGGUAUACAUUUAGCUCUGAACGCCAGCCGGCCGAAGUCCUUCGUGUAUGUGUUCACUGAUGCGACGGCUGCUGAUCACGCCAUCGUGGGGAAAGUUCUCGAUACGAUACAAAGGAAACAGAGUCAGGUGGUGUUCAUACUGACUGGUCACUGUAACGACUGGGAUCGUCCAUCCUACAAGGUGUACCGACAAGUCGCGGCCGCCAGUUCCGGACAAAUAUUCAAUUUGAAUAAAUCGAAUGUGCAUAAAAUGUUAGAAUUUGUUAAAAGUUCCAUAAAAGGGAGGAUGGUAAACCUUGCUUCGGUGUCCAAUCCGGCAGGAUACAACUUUACACAAGAGAUUCCAGUGGACAGUACGCUUGGAGAAGUGACUGUAUCAGUGUCAGGGGCAAAGCCGAAGAUCACAGUUGUGGACCCUAAAGGCGAGCAACUGACCGGCCCUCCGAAACUUAUCACUACACUGGACCUGUCUGAGAUUAUGGUCGUGAAAGUAAUGCAGCCGGAGCCUGGCAAUUGGACGAUCACAGUCGGCAGCGAGGAGGAUUACUCCGUGAAGGUCGUCGGCCUCUCCAACCUCACGUUCACUCACGGCUUCUCUGUGAACGCACCGAAGACUAUGAAAGAGACCAGCUAUAGACCUUUGAGAGGUACAUACAACCAUCUGAUGGUCGCCUUAAGUCAAACAAACGCGUCUGUAAGCAUACAGUACGCGGAGAUCCUCACUUUGGACGGGAAGACUUUGUUCGAGUUGCCCCUCAAACAGACGGACCGAGCGAGCCUGAUAUACCGAGCUGAACCAUUCAUACCGCCUGAUGACUUCUUUUACAUUGCUAUCAACGGUCGUGAUGAAAACAAUCAGGAGUUGCGUAGGGUAGGAUCAACAGCUAUUCAAGCUAAGUUACCAGAGGUUCCUUAUUUAUCAGCUCCGCGCAAAGUGGAUGCACAUUCUCACGCCAGAGUAGUACUGACGUGCAACGUGGAGAGCUUAGUGCCUGUCACCGCAAUGUGGACGAAAGACUCCUCGAAAAUACAAGAGAUUUCAAGCUUACAAACCACAUCCAUAGACUACGUGAUAGAGAACAUGGGCGAGGAACACGUCGGCUCGUACAGAUGUGUCGCCCGCAACGUGGCCGGCACCGCGCAGACGCACACCGAACUCACUAUUAUUGUUUUACCCCCACAAGUGACAAUGGGACCUGGAAAUAUAACAGUUGAAGAAGGCGUCAAUGUGACAAUAUCUUGCACGGUGCAUAGUGAGUCGCUGUUGCUAGGCAACCAGCUCUGGUACAAUGGAACAAAAGAGAACUAUGCUAUCGAUAUAAACCGGGAGCCAAACAUCGAAGGACUAUAUACGUUUAAUAAAACAAUCCAAGCAACGAAAGACAAUGUGGGAGUUUAUACUUGUGUCGCUACCAACAGAGGUGGAAAAUCAAAGCAAUCCUCACGUAUUUCAUUAAGAAUAAACCCAACGGCGCAAAUAUUAGGCCCGCAUAUACUGUCAAAGCUAAUACACACUAACUUCCAACUGGUCUGUACUGUGGAAAACGCGGCAGAGAUCGUGUGGAUGGCUCCUAAUGGGACACAAGUCACGCGUGACGUGAAUAGCACUAGUACUGAUGUGCUUGUGGUUACCAAUCUUACUGCUGAUGGAGUUUGGACCUGUACCGCUGUUAGAGGGACGCUCAAAAGUUCUGAUUCCGUAAACGUUACUGCGCUUAUAAAGCCAGUAGUGAAUAUAAUAGGAUCGAAGAACAUCACCAUUGUGAAUGGUACAGUGAUUGAGGUGACGUGUGAGGUGGUGGCGCGACCAGCUCCCAGGAUACUGUGGCACAGAGAGACCGAACAAUUCCUCAAUAAUACUAUAUCCCAGCCCAAACCCGACGUUUAUCGAAGCGUGCUAAGUCUGAACUCGAGCGCAGAGAAUGUGCAAGCUACUUACUUCUGCUUCGGCGAAAAUACGGAAGGGAUACACCAGGAUAGUUUAACUGUUAAUGUUAGGCGGAAGAUGACACUUGUGAAGGGAUUUCAAGAUCAAUCAGUCCAGCUGUACUACCAAGCAGAAUUGCACUGUCAAGUUGACUCCCACCCGCCUGCCAAAAUACGAUGGUACCACAAUGGUACCCAACUACUACCUGGAACUACAGUCCAGGUUACCGAAGACAAUUCCACUGUCUAUUUGACUCGCAUUGACUUUGAAAACCUUGGAGUUUACGGCUGUGAAGCUGAAAAUGGAUUUGAAACUUUAUCUGUCAAUGGCACAGUCAGUGUUUAUGGAUUAGCGUCUCCGGUGUUAUCAAAGGAACCAGUUGUUCAGGUUAUAAAGGAAGGAGGGUCUACAAAUCUCUCAUGUAGGGUCCUCCAAGGAAAUCCAGAGCCAAAACUGACAUGGGAGUAUAAAGGCACCUUAUCCAAGGAUUUUACAUCCUUUCCUCAUGGGAUUGUAUUGAACGAAGAUGGCAAUGAGGUGAUGGUAUCGAAUGCAACUGAAGAACAUGCGGGUAUCUACCGAUGUAAGGCUAUCAACGUGAUUGGACAAGAUACUUAUGUUGUCAGUUUGGAAGUCCAAUAUCCGCCACGCUUUAGUACGCAAGGUGAGACAAAAGGAUCUCAACAGGCAAAGUUGGGAGAAGGAAUAAAAUUCUCGUGUGACGCUGUUGGCUUACCGCCUCCAAUCAUUGUGUGGACCAAAGAUUUACAUCCUGUUGUGUACUCUGGCAACGUGUUUUUAACAAACAGCAGUGAGUUGGUAAUAGAGAAAGUAUCGCCGUCAGACUCUGGGACAUAUACCUGCAACGCCACCAGUGUCGCUGGAUCCACACAUAAGAACUUUACAUUGAAUGUUUACGAUCCACCAACAAUAUCGCCUACUAACGGUUCUCUAUUAGAAGUGUUAGAAGGGCAGUUAGUAGAGCUCCCCUGCUCGGCUCGCGGGGUUCCAUUGCCCAUCGUGGAAUGGACUCAAAAUGGAGAAGCAAUAAGCGACGGUAGGAGGUAUUUGGACGAGUUCGGAUUGAGAUUCAUCGCUAACUUAACUGAUUUUGGAGAAUACAAGUGUUCGGCUAGUAAUAUUUUUGGAAAUGCAUCUGUUACAUACACGCUUUACGUUUGGGUUCCUCCAUAUAUUACACACCCGUUGGAAGUCUUCAAAGAAGUAUUACUUCUGGAUCAAGUGUCUUUACAGUGUGACGUCAUCGGGUUCCCUCUGCCGACGAUACAGUGGUUGUUUAAUGGAAAACUGCUGACAGAAAACACAACCGAUUUAAGCUUUAACGACAUUGGCAAUUUGUACAUAUCGAACGCCAGCGUGCGUCACGAGGGGAUAUACAUUUGUCAAGCGGAGAACAACGGCGGGAUCGCCGAAAAAACAACGUAUCUAAGAGUAAAUGAACCUCCAAAGAUUUUGGAAGACAACUACACAGGGCCCUACCUAGCCACCAACAUGGAUACAGUAUUAACGAUCACCUGUCAAACAACAGGCAAACCUCAACCUUAUGUUAGGUGGAUUAAGGACGACUUUUAUUUGGAUAAAGAUCCUCGCUAUGAAGUCGACAUUGACGGUACUUUAACUAUCAAAGCGCCAUCUGUGGACAUGAGUGGGAACUAUACGUGUAUUGCGAAGAAUUCCGUGGGGGUUGCCAACAAGACUAUACCCGUCGAGAUAUACUCCAUACCUACUCGUAUGCAAUCGGAGGAGAGUUUAUCCACAGUGACUCUUGUGGAAGGUCAGAGCGCCGCUGUACAGUGUCCGCUUCGAGCGUCCCACGACACACUCAAAUGGUAUAAGAAUGCAAAACUCAUAUCAACAGGUCAACUUAUACUGGCCAAUGUGUCUCGAGAGAACGCGUCCUCUUUAUCCUGUGUAGUAACUAACGCGGUUGGCUCAGCGUAUUCUAAGGUACAGGUCAACGUAGAGUGGCCGCCAGUGUUCAAAGCAAAUGGGUCGCAAAAUGUGGAGGUCGUACAAAAUGUUGACUGGUAUUUCGAUUGUGCGGUAGACGCGAAACCUAUGGGUAAGACAAAAUGGUGGUUCAACUCAAAGCCGUUGGUGUUUGAAGACAAAGAACGUUUGAAACUGAUCAAUAUACAGCCGCGUAACGCCGGCUCAUACAAAUGUGUUGUGAGCAACGUGCAUGGAACCGUCGUCCAAGACUUCACUCUAAAUGUUUUAGUGCCACCAUUUAUAUCAGACUUUGACAUGCUGGACGUGCAACUAAGGGAAGGUGUCAAUGCUACACUAGAAUGUAACGCUAGAGGAGAGCCAAAACCCAACAUAACUUGGACUUAUAAUAAUACCAACUGGCACCAACACAACUCUUCACUAUCUUCAACUAAUAUAACAAGUCUAUCUGGAGGCUUGUACCGCUGUGACGCGACCAACAAAGCCGGAGCCACUCACUUAGUGUACCGUGUUACCAUCGUAGCGGCUGCGAGAGUCCAAGAUAUAGUGGCCUUUGCGAACGGCGAGGGGAUUACUGUUGAAAACACUUUAGAUGUUACGCAAGGUUCAAAGGUAAGGAUAGCAUGUAAAGCAACAGGGAACCCCACGCCGGACAUACAGUGGAUGAAGCAAGGGAGAGCGAUCAGCGAGAAUCCAUUCGACAUCGACUACGCAGACUUGAUACUUAACGGUGUUCAGACGAGAGACGCCGGGGUCUUCACUUGUAUUGUAACUAAUGAAGGUGGCAGUCAGGAAAGGAAGAUCAAAAUUAAUGUGCUGGAACCUCCAAAAAUCUUCCAAAGCCUUUUCCAAAAUGAAAACAGUACUACAAAUGCAGUACAUAUAGAAGUGAUAUCCGGGCAGCCGUUCUACCUCCACUGCCACCCUUACGGGAACCCAGCCCCAGAUCUGUACUGGUUCAAAGACGAAGUCCCUUUGAAGUUCUUCGAUGAUCAGAUGGUAUCAACUGAGUUUGGCGAAGUGAUUGUAGUGAAGAAGGCCAAAGCGGAACAGUCGGGGAGUUAUACUUGUAUGGUGAGGAAUGCUGUUGGGAAUACCAGUGUUGGGUAUAACGUUGAUGUUUUAGUACCUCCACCAUCACCAAAGGAAUCCACGAAGAAGAUGAUCGGCACCUUCGGCAAAGAGUUGGUUCUCUCUUGUCCUGCUUUCGGCUCUCCGCCUCCCAUCGUGAUGUGGAUCAAACAUCCCUACACUGAAAUAGAGGCGGAUGACAGACUGACUCUCGCUGAUGAUAAUUACACACUGAUUAUCAAUCAAACAGAAGUAUCAGACAGCGGCAAAUACUCCUGCAUCAUGACAAAUAAAGUGGGCACCACAGAAGUAGUUUUCGACGUAACUAUUGUCAAGCCACCUUCCAUUGUUGGUAAUGUAGACGGUAACACGCCUGAAGAGCAUGUCGUAGCGUUGAAAAGAAGCAUUGUACUGAAAUGCGAAGUAGACGGUCAUCCUAUACCAAAGAUUUCAUGGUUAAAGGAUACGCAAGAACUUAGCAACAGCUUGUCGAACGUUCAGCGAGUCCUUGGCAACAGUUUGCUGGCGAUAUGGAGUGCGGACGUGCGUGACGCGGGCCAGUACAUCUGCGUGGUCGAGAACCAGGCCGGAACCACGCAUCGGAGAUAUAACGUGGUCUUACAAGUGCCUGGUAAGUGGAGUGGUUGGUCGCAGUGGUCUCUAUGUAACGCCACCUGCGGCCUGGGGUACCAGCAGAAGACCAGGUCUUGUCACUACAUCGACGAUAAAAACAAUACCAUAGAUAGUUCUUCAAAACCAGACAAGAUUAUUUUGGAUACGUCAACUUGUAAGGGACUGAAUGUUGACCGAAGGAAAUGUCAUAUGCCAUCCUGUGAGACGGAGGAAUCAGUCUCCCGUUGGUCGGCGUGGUCGAAGUGGUCGUCGUGUUCAGCGUCGUGCGGCGCGGCCACGCAGGCGCGGACACGGCGCUGUCGCGGACACUCCUGCAGCGGGGAUAAUGUGCAGAUCAAAAAAUGCUUCGGCCUGCCUCCCUGUCACUCAAGCCUUAACUUAUCUGACAACGUGAUUGACAGCAAAGAAGAUAGCAGUGAUCCCAAUUCAUAUGUACCAGACAUGACAUUUGAAAUGCAGCCUGAAGAAUUAAAUCCUCCUUACUCGUCAGAUGUUGAAGAUACAUAUUUAGGAUCAGAAGUGUCGAGCAUGUUCUACGAUGUGAUGGAAACCGAUAACCUGGACCACAGCGAGCGAGGUCCCUGUGACCCCGGGUAUAAAUACAACAGAGGAAAUAAUGAGUGUGAAGAUGUGGACGAAUGCUUGUUGGACACGAACCGCUGUCACUCGACGCAGCUGUGUUCGAACACGGAGGGCGGGUACCGCUGCUCGUGCCCGCCCGGGUACCUGUCGCUGGGCGCCGGGCAAAGGUGCCUUGAUAUUAACGAGUGUGAGCUGCAGACUGACGGGUGUUCCCACUCGUGCGUGAACACUGCGGGCGGGUUUGUAUGCGCCUGCCCGAGACAUCUGCGACUACACAUAGACAAACAUCACUGUGUUACACCUGCCUUAUAUAGACGACCUUAUGGAGAAUUGGAAUCGGAAUACUUGAGCACGACUGUCGAAUUCCCAAACAAGUACAUUAAAGCUAUGAGAAACUCUACGCCUUAGUACAAGUAUCAAUAAAAGUCUACAAACAUCAGAUUUAUAAGGUUCCUGAAUACAGUAACUUAAUUAUUUAUAUCAUAACAGAUUACUCACUAAGCCCGACUAUGUAAAGGAACUCGCUACCCCGCUGCCGCGUCAACUCAUGAUUAAGGACUCCGGUUGGGUCCCAAACUUUUUGGUUACGAUACCUACGCGUGAGAAAACUGAUGUGAAAUAAAUAAUUAUACUUAAAUCCGCCUCACGAAAGUUUAAAGGUAAUACAGCAACUUAAUAUUGGGAUUGAAAACAAAGUAGCUUGGACAUUAGAAUUUUAAUAAUGAUGUUAUUAUUGUAUUUAACCAUUGUGUUCAAUAUGUAAGGAAAAUCUAAUUAAUAUAAUGUUUGUUAAAUUAUUAUGUCGUAAAAAUAUAAAUAAAAGACUUUUAAUUG